UAUGAGUGUUCAUGUUCCGUUAAGAUUUUAUUAGCAACCGUACCUCACGGAGUUUUAAAUGAUCUAAUAUUUUGUUUAUUUAACGCAUGUUUUAUAACACAAGUUGAUAAUAUGGGACCUGCUGAUCUUCUUUGUAAAUGGUGCAGUACGUUUGUCGGGAAGGAUAAGAAGUUCUGCAGUAUCUUCUGCGAGUCUCGCUACACCCGCAGCAAGAGGAGGAAACUGGCGUUCAAGCGGCCUGCACAUUCGUCAGGGCCCCAUGCAGAUCGCGAGUACGAGUCUCCGAGGUCCCAUAAUACUGCCCCUUCACGCAAGUUCCUUGAAGAUGUAAUCACAGCGGUUGAAACCGAAAAGCCAUCACCAGAAAGAGACAGACGACUUGAUGGUAAUCCAAACGUAUCCUCGCCCGCCACAGAGGGUAGUCAAACAACACCAAGGAGUGAUAAAAACCUUCAGACUGAUAGUCUUCCAAUACCUAAACUCGAUCUAACUACAGUUAAAACCAAUAACGAUGAAAACACAAGAAAGGGGAGCGAUAAACAAAAACUUAAACCUGAUGAAAAUAUCAAACCUGUUGACAAAGCUAAAACAGACCUUAAAACAAAACCAAGGUACAAGGAUAUUAAGAAAAGUCCCCGGUCUAAAGCCAAGGGCGAUUUAUCCAUAGACAAAUCAAAAACACAGACGCUCCUUAUUCAUAAAAAUGGUUUGAAAAUCCCUGUAGCCGAUAAAUCUUUGUUAAACAAAAGCAUAGAUGCUUCUGCCAUGACGGCUCAAGCCAAUAACAUCAGUUCAGACGAUAAGAAAAUUAAACAGGAUCUGAAGACGCGUAAACUUACCAACCUAAACGAUCGCAUAAAACUCACGGCAACAAAGGGUUUAACUGAUUUGGAUAUCAUUAAAGAAGCUAAAGAGAGACAGAAGUCGAAGCUGACACACGAUUAUGAGAAAAACGUUCGUUCAUCCGGUUACGGUAAUCCCAUAAACCCGAGACUGCGACCACUAGCUUUAAAGCCUAAAAGUGCAUCUGUUGUCAUAUCAAGCUCUAAACUCCAACGAGAGCAACGACAGAUAAGUGCGAGGUCCAACAAAUCUGACACUGACAGUAUUCCACUAUCCGCGCGCAAAGCAGACAAGCGUUUGAUCGGCAAUGAAAAGAAUGACUCACAAUGGGAGUUAGUUCCUACAACCAUUAUCGAAGAGCCGCCAAAACACGAACAAUCAGCUACUGGUAAUCUGAAUAAAUCUUUAGAAGACGAAGUUCCAACACCUAGGAUGACAAACCGUUUGGGACUGACCCAGAUUCGGGAGAUUGAAAGGGAAGGAUCGGCUACCAGCGUUGUGCCAGGUAAAACCGAACUAGAGAUUCGGUUAAGCUCGAUUAAACGGAAGGUGGAGGUAAAGAAACGAGGAAGAGACAGCCGAUCAUCGUUUGGAAGCGAUCUGGAUGCAUCGUUUCUUGAUAGCACCCUUGACCUGACAACGGAUCGUGAUGUAUUGAACAGAACAAAAACGUCACGUAAUUCGGCUAGAUCAAACAUUACCAAGAUCUCAAAACAGUUCAGAAACUGACCAUCUCUUUUGAAUUUGUUAGGAAAUUACACUUAUUCUGUUUUUAUUUUGUGGAUAUUGAGUUAUAGUUACAGCACCUACAAUCUGAAAGAACUGUUUCGUACUAUGUUUCAAGGACAAGGUUAAACAACUAGCAUGCUAGUACGUGGAUAUGACGUGUUGUACUGUAUCUGCAUGAUAGUUAAGCUCCGAAGUCUUGUACUUCUCCGACAGGGGAGUUAAUUAAUGGGAGCUAUCAUGUAUAUAGACGAAGAACUUAAAACACCUCAAAACAUGGUACAGUAACUAGUUGAAUGAAGUUCGAAACUAGCUAACACAGGUUCGAGAGUAGUAAGUUCGUUUGGAAAUCAUACGUUAUGCUAAAAGACACGCUGUUCGUCGAGAAUGUUGAUAAACUUUUAAAUUUGUUUUAGUACUUGUGAUGCCUCGUGCCCGAAAAUAGUCCUUUGUUUUCCAUAGAAUUGUCUUUUACAAAAUA